UAUAUAUAUAUAGAAGAAGAAGAAAAGGCUUGAAGGACCCUAUCCUAUUUCCCUCCUCUUCUGUCCCUUUCUCUUUCUCUUCUACUCUCAUUCUUCAUCAUGAAGUUCCAAGACACUGAGCAUCAUCCCACCAUGACCCCAAAGCACAUGAUCCCAAAACUCACCUUGCUAGCAAUCAUGGUGAUCCUAACACUUGCCAUCACCCCUUUGUGGUACCCUUUUUGCAGUUACCAUUCAUCAUCACUCUUGAAGAUGAAGCACAAGUAUAAAAACCACAUUCAUGAUGAUGAUGAUGAUGAUGCUAUGGCACAGAACCUUCCCUCAACAUAUGUGGAGAAGUGUGACAUUUUCACAGGGGAAUGGGUGCCAAACCCUAAGGCACCCUAUUACACAAACAAGACUUGCUGGGCCAUUCAUGAGCACCAGAACUGCAUGAAGUAUGGGAGACCUGACUCUGAGUUCAUCAAGUGGAGAUGGAAGCCAAGUGAUUGUGAACUCCCCAUUUUCAACCCUUUUCAGUUCUUGGAAAUUGUUAAGGGAAAAUCCAUGGCCUUUGUUGGUGACUCUGUGGGAAGGAAUCAGAUGCAGUCCAUGAUUUGUCUCCUUUCUAGGGUGGAAUGGCCAAUAGAUGUAUCAUACACAAGUGAUGAAUACUUCAAGAGAUGGAAGUAUCCUAGUUACAACUUCACCAUGGCCACAUUUUGGACACCCCAUCUAGUAAGAUCCAAAGUGGCUGACCCAAAUGGUCCAAGCAACACUGGCCUUUUCAACCUCUACCUUGAUGAGUAUGAUGACAAAUGGACCACACAAGUUCAAGAAUUUGACUACAUCAUUCUUGAUGGAGGGCAUUGGUUCUACAGACCAAUGGUGUUCUAUGAGAGAAAAAAGGUUGUCGGGUGCCAUUUUUGUGUCUUGGAAAAUGUCCCCGACUUGACCAUGUUCUAUGGCUAUAGAAGGGCUUUUAGGACUGCUUUUAAGGCCAUCAAUAGUUUGGAAGACUUCAAGGGCACAGUUUUUCUUAGGACAUUUGCACCGUCACAUUUUGAGAAUGGGAUAUGGAAUCAAGGUGGGAACUGUGUGAGAACUAAGCCAUUUAGGAGUAAUGAGACAAGGUUAGAGGGCACAAAUUUGGAGCUCUAUAUGAUCCAAUUGGAGGAGUUUAAGAAAGCUCAGAAAGAAGGGAGAAAGAAGGGUUUGAAAUUCAAGUUAAUUGACACAACACAAGCAAUGUUAUUACGACCGGAUGGACAUCCUAGUAGAUAUGGACAUUGGCCUAAUGAGAAUGUUACAUUGUAUAAUGAUUGUGUUCAUUGGUGCUUGCCGGGACCCAUAGACACAUGGAGUGAUUUCUUGCUACAAAUGUUGAAGAUGGAGGGAAUGAGAUCGGCCCUAAGCUAGAUCUAUAACCAUCUUUACCUUUUUUUUUUUUUUUUAACUUGUCAUUGCCAAUAUCUUUUUUAUUUGUAAUUUUUUGAAGAUAAAAUUUGUUAUCCUGAAUUCAAUACACUCUUUUAAAUCUAUAGAAAGAUAUACAUGUUCAAGGGUUAUCA